AUGAUUGUGCCAACACAACUCAAUUUGCAUGAUAAAACUCAUAUCGAAAUAUUUGAGUUCUUGUUAUGGGCAUCUGCCUUAAAAUUAAGUUUACCUCCACACUUGCACGUAAUACCUGACUUGCUAUCCGUUCAGUUUCUGGCUUAUCAAGUUACAAAAAACUUUAAAAAAUUCCAAAGCGUCUCUUCUGUUUUCUGA